CAAAGAUGUCUCUUCGUGCCACCUCUGCUCUUCGCAACGUCGCGCGCCGCGCCGCGGUCGCCCCUCGCGCCGUUGCGCCCGUCAUGGUCGCUCGCCGUCACAACUCGGGCCAGGCUCCCCCUCCCCCUCCUCCUCCCAAGUCGGGCGGUAACGGCAUCUUCAUUGCUCUCGGUGUUGCGGCCCUCGCCGGCGGUGGCUACUACUUCUACUCGCAGCAGGAGGGCGGCGCUGCGGCCACGGCUGAGAAGACCAAGGAGGACUACCAGAAGGUCUACAAUGCUAUUGCUGCUGGCCUCGAGAAGGAGGGCUACGAUGAUGGCUCGCUCGCCCCCGUCAUCCUCCGUCUCGCCUGGCACGCUUCGGGCACCUACGACAAGGAGACCAAGACUGGCGGCUCCAACUACGCCACCAUGCGCUUCCCCUCCGAGGCCGGCCACGGCGCGAACGCCGGUCUCCACGUAGCCCGCGACUACAUGGAGAACAUCAAGAAGCAGUUCCCCUGGAUCUCGUACGGCGACCUCUGGACUCUUGGCGGUGUCGCCGCCAUUCAGGAGACUGGCGGCCCCACCAUCCCUUGGCGCCCCGGCCGCAUUGACGGUGUCGAGGUCAACCAGACCCCCGACGGCCGUCUCCCGGACGCCUCGCAGGGCUCCAAGCACCUCCGCGACAUCUUCUACCGCAUGGGCUUCAACGACCGUGAGAUUGUCGCCCUUGCCGGCGCCCACGCCCUUGGCCGCUGCCACGUCGACCGCUCCGGCUACGACGGCCCGUGGACCUUCUCGCCCGUGACCUUCUCGAACCAGUUCUACGACCUCCUCCUCAACGAGCCCUGGCAGUGGAAGAAGUGGAAGGGCCCUGCGCAGUACGAGGACAAGAAGACGCGAUCCUUGAUGAUGUUGCCUACCGAUAUGGCUCUUGCCACCGACCCCAAGUUCAAGCCUGUCGUCCAGGAGUACGCCAAGGACGAAGAGACGUUCUUCAAGGACUUUGCCAAGGCCUUUGCGACUCUUCUCGAGCUUGGUGUCCCCGAGGAGCAGUGGAAGGGCAAGCAGCCCAUGACCAUCGACACGGCGUAAUCUGUAGCUAUACCACCGGUGUCUGAGAUCAUGAGUGGAUAGCAUGUGGAUCAGUGCAUAAACGUACACGUGUCGUAGGUUUUUAGGAAUAAAAUGGAUAAAUGAAGUAUGGACGUUCCGGAACCUCCAGCGUUUAGAUGGCG